AUGGGUAAUUCAAAGAAAUAUAAAACGCAGUUUCCAAACUAUAUUGGAUUAACAAAUGCAGAGGAUGCUGCUUUGGAGAUUAACCAGUAUAUUCCAUUAUUUUCAAUCCAAUGUUCUGAGCACUUAGCUGAUUUCCUCUGUGCAUUGUAUUUUCCAAAAUGUGAUGAUGUUCCUGGUAUACUUCCACCAUGUCAGUCAUUGUGUCAAUCAGUCUACGAUGGAUGCUAUCCUGUAAUGAAUAAUUUUUCGUGGCCUGAUAAAUUAAGAUGUGAUAAAUUUCCUGAUUCUUAUGACUCGGAAGUUUGUUUUGGAACUGUUAUGUCAGAUCAGGAUACUACAACGCUAGCACCGACUACACUAUCAUCAGCAGCAGCACCACCAACUUCAGGAGCCCCAUCAUCAGCAGCAACACUAUCAUCAUCAGUAGCACCACCAACUUCAGGAGCUGCAGCAACGCAGUUUCCAAACUAUGUUGGAUUAACAAAUGCAGAGGAUGCUGCUUUGGAGAUUAACCAGUAUAUUCCAUUAUUUUCAAUCCAAUGUUCUGAGCACUUAGCUGAUUUCCUCUGUGCAUUGUAUUUUCCAAAAUGUGAUGAUGUUCCUGGUAUACUUCCACCAUGUCAGUCAUUGUGUCAAUCAGUCUACGAUGGAUGCUAUCCUGUAAUGAAUAAUUUUGGAUUUCCGUGGCCUGAUAAAUUAAUAUGUGAUACAUUUCCUGAUUCUUAUGACUCGGAAGUUUGUUUUGGAACUGUUAUGUCAGAUCAGGAUACUACAACACCAGCACCGACUACACUAUCACCAUCAGUAGUCCUAUCAUCAAUGCCAACCAGUACAGCUUCUUCUCAACAGUGCCAAGACAUUAGAGUGUCUGAUUGUCAGGGACUGUCCUACUCACAGACUGGUUUUCCAAACCUAUUUGGUCAUCAAACACAGGAAGAAGCUCAAACUGUUUUACAAGAAUAUUCAUUACUUCUUUUGAUUGAUUGUUACGAACAUUUGAACUUAGCCAUAUGUGCCGCAUUGUUCCCUCGCUGUGUUAAUGGCAGCAUCAUACCACCUUGUCAGUCACUGUGCCGUGGUGCACAAGAAGGAUGUAGUGCUAUGUUGGAUCAUUUCAACCAGGAAUGGCCAGAGGAACUUGAAUGUUCAACAUUCCCAGACGCUAAUGAUGAAGACGUGUGUGUUGGAUACCAACCAGUUGUAUGUCAGAAUCCAGGAUCUGUUGCAUCAGCUACUUUAAGUGUUCCUUUGGAAAGUUAUCCAGUUCACGUUGGCACUGCUCUCACCAUAGAGUGUGAUUCGGGUUAUAUUCUGUCUGGAGCAUCUACGUUGACAUGUACGUCAGAUGGCACUUGGAACCUCCCGCUUCCAAGCUGUGUUAGCAAUUGUAAUGAUCCUGGCACCAUAGCCCAUGGAUUUCAGGUUGGGACACCCAGUUAUGAAGCUUUCACCAUUGUAACCUAUAUGUGUGAUGCUGGAUAUCAUCUCAGUGGGGCCCAUGUACUGACGUGUCUUGAAGGCGAAUGGAGUCAUCCACUCCCUCAGUGUCUUGUAUUCUGUGAAGUUAUCAAUGCACCAUUCUGUCUUCAUAAUCUUCCAUAUUUCUUGACCGGGUUCCCUAACUUUGCCGGGCACUCAUCGCAACAACAAUCCAACAUCUAUUUGGAGGUCUAUAAGCCUAUCAUGUCAUCUGACUGCUACGAGCACCUUCAGCUCUUGCUCUGCACUGCGUUCAUGCCUCCAUGUCGGCUUGGGCAAAUCCAACCACCUUGUAGGUCAUUCUGUGAAGAGGGCCUCGCAAAUUGUCUUCAAGUGUUUCAAGAUGUGGACCUCCCAUGGCCGCAGGAACUAAACUGUUCUGUUUUGCCCAGUGAUUCAUCCUGUGUGCAUUCUCCUUCAUUGCCCACUACACAGCCACCAUUUUCAACUAAGCUGCUUACAGAGAGUGUUUCUACUUCUCAGCUAGCUCUUUCUCCCCAAUGCGAAGAUAUUACGGUAUCAUUUUGUCAGGGACUGUCAUACUCACAGACUGGUUUCCCAAACAUGUUUGGCCACCAAACUCAAGAAGAAGCAGAGGUCCUUUUACAGGAAUAUAUACUACUUACACUGACUAACUGUUACGAACAUUUAAACUUGGCCAUAUGUGCCACGUUGUUCCCGCCGUGCGUGAAUGACAACAUCAUACCACCGUGUCAGUCACUGUGUCGUGGCGUACAAGAAGGAUGUGGUACCAUUUUGGAUCAGUACAACUAUGAAUGGCCGGAGGAAUUUGAAUGUUCAAACUUCCCAGAUGAAGAUAAUGAAGACGUAUGUAUUGGAUACCAACCAGAAGUGACAACUGCAACAAGCGAGUCAACGAGCAAGAGAGGAGACAUCCGUUGCCAGGGCGAUUAUCAUUUAACUUAUUGUAAAAAUGAUGGAAUUUGUUAUGUUCUUAAAGGAGAUGAUGGUACACAGGAAAUGUAUUGUCUUUGUUCUGGUAAUUUUACUGGGCAGCAAUGUGAAAAAAGAAUAUUAACCAAAGCAGAGCAGGAAAAACUAGAAGAAGAAGCUAAAAAGGAGGCUAUUUCUCUAGGUAUUGGGAUUAGUGUAGCAUGUAUUAUUGGUGUUACCAUGGUGAUAGUAUUAGUAUUAAUCUGCAGAAAACAUGUAAGCCGCAAAUCAAGAUAUUUAUUGAGCCGUCCAGAUAUUGCAGUGUUCACCAAUCCGGCAUAUGAUGAACAGUUUACAGAUGGUAAAGGCAGCGCAGUGAAAAGUAAAAACAAGGACAGUGAAGCAGUACAGGUGGAUGUAGAUCCUGUAACUGAAGCCAAUCAAAAUGACAACACUGGUGGUCCCAAUGGUGCAAAUGUGAAUGGCUAUAAUGGGCCAUACCAAGAGGAACCACGAGAUGCAGUUUUGGAAAACAAAUAUGCAGAGUGUGAUGAUCCAGCACUGAAGCAUGCACCUUUCUGUGAACCUGUAGAAGAUGUACCGUCAUCGCCCGGUUGUGAGUCUGCAGAGGGUGAAGGUCAAAGGUUGAGCGCUGUUUGGAACCCACAUUACCAGGAACUUGAUGGGACCCAAAAAGUUGACAGCGAGUAUAUGUCAUUAGACAAAACCAAGACGACAGAUUGA